AUGAGUGGCCCAAAGUCUUUUUUCAACCCACUAGACAGAUCGCAGAUCUCUUACAUUCCCAAUGAGAGAGAAACGAUAUCGGAUAGCCAGAUAGCCCAAGAAACUGAGAGCGACACCGAGAGCUCCAGUUUUCGCAGUUUCCCGAGAGUAUCGGGUGAACCGCUCUCGUCCCGGGAUUCAGAGUCCUCACACAGCAUCUUCAGCGACCAGUCUCACCCGACCACCUCCUGGAACUCCAUAGACCGGACAGAUGGCCUCUCCAGUAUCUCGAGUGGAUCUUCUCGGGGCACCGACAUGAGUCACGGUGUCCGCUACAAGGUCGUUUUGAAGUUCUCGCAGCGAGAAGUCAAUCUAAUUCGCAACUCCUGGACGAUGAUGCUUAACGAUGACUUGGCAGGUGACAGGUUUCGUUCAGUGGUCCGGCAACUGUGGUCUGAUUUCGGGCCCGCUUCAUGGGGAUCUUCCUCCAAUGGUCCUAACAGCUCGGUACACCACCGCAAGAGCGCCGUCCCUAGUGUGCGCUCUGCGCGAAAUCCCAGCACCAUGAUUAACACCAGCCGAGUUGGGAGCUCGGCCACGAGUAUAUCUUCCUCAGGGCCGUCGUCGUUGGCAAAACAGCAGGUGGCAGUGACACCAGCGCAGUCGAGCAACAACAGCGCUUUUGCGAGUUCCAUUUUUUGUCGUCAGUUUUACGGAAACCUUUUGUACAUGGAACCCGCGAUUGAGACUAUGUUCCCUUCCAUCAGGCACCAAGCUGUGUCGUUUGCUGGUGUUCUCACUAUGGCUGUGAAUAACCUGGACGAUUUGACCACUCUUGAGGCAUAUCUCAGUAGUCUGGGGAAACGCCACUCGCGCAUUCUCGCCAUCGAGCCUCCUCACUUCGAGCUGAUGGGAAUGGCUUUUCUCAAAACUAUCAAGGACCGGUUUGGCUACCACAGUACUUUAGAACUUGAAGAGACGUGGUCUAGGCUGUAUAGUUUUUUAGCCAACAGCAUUUUACAAUUUGGCAUCGACCCCGUGUUGAAGGUAGACGCUCUGGAUAACGAUGUUAUAUUUCCUCUCCCAGAACAGCUUAAGCCCUCCACACAGGCGCCCGCCAAUAGGUUCCACGCUCCGGCUCCUCCAUCUUCCACCCAUCCGCCCUCAGAUCCAAGUAUGCGGCACAGCUUUAAAACCGAGCCCGUGGCCAAGCAAAAGCGUGCUUCGAAGCCAAACGAAACUACAACUCAUGCCGUCAAAAACACGCCUGCCAUCCCUACGAAGGGCACCAAGCCCGCUGUACAACGCAAGGCUGGGCACCUUCCCGCACGGUCACUUUAUGCCAAUACAACGAAGAAGCAAGAGCAGGACAAGGACUGUGUUAUAAUGUGA